CUUGAGCAAGAGAACUGAACCCCGGAGCUUCGUUUCCUCUUCACCCAUCUCAAUUGCCCCAAGACAAUCACAAUGGCUUCAAUUCUCCCCCGUGCUGGCUUCCGUGCCCUGACUGCUCUCCCCAGAGCUACCCCCCUCCCCCGGGUGUCUUUCUCCCAGCUUCCUCGCGCUCAGCCCCGCCUGCAGCCCCUCUCUCGCCGGUUCCUCGCAACCAUUCCCCAGGAACAGCCUCGUCUGCGUCUCGGAUCGACCGCCCCUAACUUCAAGGCCACCACCACCCAUGGCGAGAUCGACUUCCACGAGUUCAUUGGCAACAGCUGGGCCAUCCUCUUCUCCCACCCUGCCGACUUCACCCCCGUCUGCACGACUGAGCUGGGCGCCUUCGCCAAGUUAAAGGACGAGUUCGAGAAGAGGGGCGUCAAGAUGAUUGGUCUUAGUGCGAACGACCUCGGCUCCCACGACAAGUGGAUCGAUGACAUCAACGAAGUUGCCAACACCAACGUCCAAUUCCCAAUCAUCGCCGAUGCCGACCGCAAGGUUGCCUUCCUUUACGACAUGAUCGACCAGCGUGACUUGGACAACAUCGCCGAGAAGGGCAUCCCGUUCACCAUCCGCUCCGUCUUCAUCAUCGACCCCGAGAAGAAGAUCCGUCUCACCAUGCUGUACCCUGCCUCGACGGGCCGCAACUCCGCAGAGGUCCUGCGUGUCAUUGACUCUCUCCAGACUGCGGACCGCAAGGGCGUUGCCACUCCCAUCAACUGGAACGUCGGUGAGGAUGUGAUUGUGCCUCCCUCGGUGUCGACGGAGGAUGCCAAGAAGAAGUUUGGCGAGGUGUGCGAGCUGAAGCCGUACCUGCGUUACACCAAGUACUAGGGUGUUGCCGGGGAUAUAAUGUGAUAACACUCAAGGUGUAACGAUAGAAAAUUGGUCUGAUAUAG